AUGUUUUCCUUGAAAUCUAUCGUACUCAUAGCUGCAGUAUUCGUGGGGGCUGAAUGCAGUGCUGUUGUUCCAGCAGUUCCAGCCGCUCCUUUAAUAGCAGCACCAGCUCACGUGGGAUAUGCUCAUACUGUACCCCAAAACAUACCUCCAUAUGCAUCCCAAAUCAGUGUGGUCAAUAGGGCAGUAAGCCCAAUAGUUGCUACUCCAUUUGCGUCGCCCUUCGCCGCGAGAUUUGCACCAACAGCUGCUGUUGCGGCUCCACUCGCAGCUCCAUACGCCGCUGCUCCAUAUGGUUAUCCUACUGCUUACGCUGGUCCUGCUGCGUACGCUGCUCCUGCCGCGUAUGCUGGUCCUGCUGCGUACGCUGCUCCUUACCCAUACGGUGCAGCUCCAGCGCCCCUAUUACGCGCCCCUUACGGAUAUGCACCAGCGUUUGUUCGAUAGAUUUAGAGUAAAACUACUAGA